AUGAGAGGAAGGGAGAAGAUCUGGUGCGGGGAUGUGGGAUUUCCCAGCCGGCGGCGCCCAGUCCCCCUGCCCAGAAGCAGAGGCGCCCUCCUGGCCCCCACGCGGCGGAGGCCUCUGGCGGCCGGCUCAGCGCGCAGGCUCGGGGCGCGCAGGGCAGCCCGGGCCGCCGCCGCCGCCGCCGCCCCCCGGCGCGCGUCCCCACGUGCAGCGGCGGCUCACGUGCGGGCGGCGGCGGGCGGGGCCUUCGCGGGCGGCGCAGCCAAUGGGCCGGCGGGGCGGGGCGCGGCGCCGUCGGGGCUGGGAAGGCGCGCUCGGGCGCGGAGCUGCGGGACUCGCCGGCGGCUGGAGGGCGCGCCGCACCCGGCGCCGCUUCCCCGGGCGCGUCCGCGGCUGCUCCUCGCCGGGCUCGGGGCGCGCAGCCAGGCGCAGGCUGAGCGAGAGGCGGAAGACCGAGGAGGGCGCAGAGCAGCUGCCCCGACUGCAUCGCCCCUGAGCAGUCUCGUAUUCCCCAGCAGCCGCAGACUCCUGCGCACCUGCUGUGGCUCCCGACCUCUCUCUGUCUCGGAUCUUCAGAGAAAACCUCCAGUGGGACUUGGACACCCCCAUUUGUGCCUUCAGGCCCAGGGGGAAAUGCACACGGUGGGGAAGGAGGCCAGCCGCUGCUCUCAGUGAAGAUCUGGAGCCAGGCCAGGUGGGGCAGGAGAGGCAGCUGGCACUUGGGGUGGUGUUCUUUGUGCAGAAUGUGGGACUCCCGUUUAGCAAGCCGUGCCGAGCCGCUGGGCCUCUCUUGCUCUCUGUUCUGGAACUAGCAUUGGCUGACUUUUUCUGGACUCAGCUGGGACACUGCUGCCUUGGGAAGGCCGCCACUUCCGGCGUAAUGGGCCGUGUGGCCUCCUGCCCCUCCUAGCUGCGCCCACUUGCCGUCUCCCCACCUGGGGACCC